AUGGGGCAGGAAAAUAGUAAGCAAAUCUUCGAAGAGUCACUUGUAGAAAGACUAAAAACCAAAGGCGUUAAGGUGGAACUACAACAAGUACAGAGGUUCUUACAGUUUGUAGAGGAACUGUGUCCCUGGUUUCCUGAUUAUGGGAAGCUGAAUGAGAAUUCCUGGGAGAGAAUUGGAGUUGAAAUACAAAAAUACAAUGAAAAACACAGGCCAGAAACUAUUCCCGUUGAAGCCCUUGGCCUGUGGGCAUUAAUCUGGAAUAAUUUAGAUCCUAACCCUGAAAAGCAGGAGGGAUCGUUCCCUAAGGCAGAUGAGGCAGAGAUAAAACCCUCUGCUCCACCAGCAGAACCUGAAAACCCUGUACAGCACCACUUAAACAGGGUCCGGUUUCUCUUGGCCAUGACGCUAAGUUUAAGGAACAAAAAAUCUUGGAAUAAGACAAGGGAAGAACUGAAAAACCUGAAAAGCCUAGUAACUUCUCUCACUCAAAAAAUAGAAACUCUCCAAGUCUCUCCUCUUCCCUCUGUAGGGGUGGAACUAGGCUCACCUGGGGAGGCGUCUUUUAGAAUGGAAAAGCCACCUGUAAUUGCCAUAGCACAGAGAUCCUCUGAGGCAAUGCGAACCCUCUCUGUCAAAGCUACAUCUCCUCUUCAAGCCAGCCUCGGGGAAGCUGCUAGUAAGGGGGAAGAAAUUCAAGACUUUCAAAUGUUCCCUGUCCUGGAAGAGCGGGACCGCCAGGGUAAUAUCAUAAGAGUGCAUGUCCCCAUUCCUUUCAAACAGCUUAAGGAGUUAAAAACACCAUGUAGUCAAUAUGGCCCGACUGCUCCUUUCACAACAGCAUUGUUAGAAAGCCUGGCUUUAGAAGUUUUGCCCCCGGGCAAUUGGAAACAAAUGGCUCGAGCAUGUCUAUCUGGAGGUGACUAUCUGCUGUGGAAAAGUGAGUUCAUGGAACAGUGUCAGGCCACAGCUGAAAUAAAUCGGGCACAACAGAUUCCUAUCACCUUUGAUAUGCUCACUGGGGAAGGCCCUUAUAGAGAGACAGGUCAACAGUUAAACUUUGAUAUAGCGGUGUAUGCUCAGGUUCAGGCUGCUGCCAAAAGGGCUUGGAAUACACUUCCAUCAUCAGGAAGACAAACUGAAGAUCUGUCUAAGAUAAGGCAAGGGCCUGAUGAGUUAUUUCAAGAUUUUGUUUCCAGAUUAAUGCAAAGGGCUAGCAGAUUAAUUAACAAUUCAGAAGCUGGACUUUUACUUGUAAAACAACUUGCAUAUGAAAAUGCCAAUGCAGCAUGUCAGGCCAUGAGAUGCCCUUUUAGAAAAAAGGGCAACAUUUCUGACUAUAUCUGA